GCAACCAGCGCGUUUUGACUCAAUCGGAAACGAUGCAGGGUGAACCACCCACGAGAAAUGCCACGGAUGACGUGUUCUCGUCACAAGACCGCAAACGACGGGACCCAUGGCGCCUGUGAGAGGCAGACGUCACCCCCGAAACCUUGCACGGGAACGGCGAUCGUGUUCGCUUUCCUCGCGCGUUUGAGCGAGCUACCAGAAGGCCGCGGCUGGUCGUCGCCUUGUGGGAGGAGCUUCCUCUGCAUCGAAUCCUUUACUCUUGUUGGCACCCUUUGCCCCAGAACAAACACCGAGACAACCCCAGAACGAGCCGCUCCUUUUCUCUCCCUGUCCCUCCGUCUUCUCCUUCCCCCUUUACUCUCGACGUCUCAUCUGCUCGAGGUCUCAACCCCCCUUCCCUACCUUAAGAGUCUUCACAAGGUUGUGUGGAAUUUCACAAAAGAUGUCAAGUGCAUCUGAGAUGUCAGUAAAGAACAUUGAGACCUCUGAGCUACGAACAAUGGAAGAUGAGUAUGCAAGAUUAAUGUUGCCAAGUGAGACAAGAAUGGCCAAUUUUGAUUCUCAACAGGCAGUUGAGAAAGCUAAAUCAAAUUCCUGCAUCUGGUGGAUGAAAUUUUUUUUUUGCUGCUUUCUUCUACUGCUACUUAUUUUCGUCUUUGUCAAAUGGGGAAUCCCGUUUGCUUUUGAGAAGGUUCUCUUUCCAAUUAUGGAGUGGGAAGCAACUGCUUUUGGUCGGCCUGUUCUUGCUCUGGUACUCGUUGCAUCCUUGGCUUUGUUCCCAGUUGUUUUACUUCCUUCUGGACCAUCGAUGUGGCUGGCAGGAAUGAUUUUUGGGUAUGGUCUUGGAUUUGUUAUAAUCAUGGUAGGAACUACCAUAGGCAUGUUGUUGCCUUAUUUUAUUGGCUUGCUAUUUCGUGACCGGAUACAUGGAUGGUUGAAUAGAUGGCCUCAGCAGACUGCUAUACUUAGGCUGGCUGCGGAGGGAAGCUGGUUUCAUCAAUUUCGGGUCGUUGCACUCUUUAGGAUUUCACCAUUUCCAUACACAAUCUUCAACUAUGCAGUAGUGGUGACAAGUAUAAAAUUUGGACCUUAUAUUAGCGGUUCGAUCGCUGGAAUGAUACCUGAAGCUUUCAUCUACAUCUAUAGUGGGCGAUUAAUACGGACUUUGGCAGAUGUGAAAUACAGAAAGUAUACCAUGACACCGGUGGAGAUUAUUUACAACAUUGUAUCGUUAGUUGUCGCCAUCGCUAUUACAAUUGCCUUUACAGUUUAUGCGAGACGAGCUUUGAGUGAUCUUAGAAAGGCAGAAAGCAACAGCAGUGGGGGCAUCAACCGGAAUGGCAGUUUGGUUGAACUUGCAAAGCUCCCACAAGAAAGAUCAAUAGUACAUUCUUGGCGGAUCAAUGAUGUAUAAUAUAUGAAAGAAUACAAACACAAUCUCUAACCUGAUCCUUUGACAAACAAGAUGACACCCUUCAACAGUGGAGUUGUAAAAGAAGAAAGUUACAGAGUCUCCUUAAUAUUUUUUCCUUUAUUUUCAGCUUCUGUACAUAUGUAUUUUUUUUUAUUUUUCCUUGUUGGAAAGGGAUUACAUUAGUUACAUGUGUUGCUUCUUAAUUGAGCAAAAACACUCUUAGUUUAGUCCCAUUUUAGAUGUGGAAAAAGACUUGACUUGCUUUAUAAUAACUUGAUGAAUGUAUUAUAUUAUCUCUAA